AUGGCAGACAUAAUCCGAGACGCUCCCCUGGGGCAAGUCAUCCGCUUCGUCACACGAAACAAGUAUCUCAAGUAUCCAGAAGAAAAGGAAGACUUCAAGCUCCCCGACCCAUGGAUCACACUCGUGAACAACCCCGACGCAAUCGUCGAAGACGCCCCUAUCGAAAACCUAACAGAUACGCAGGCUUAUACUGCUGAUAGAAUGCGCGUCGAUGAGGAGCACGAGAUUGAAAAGGUUCAGUCUAUUCCUAUUGUUCCUAAAAAGACAAAGGAUGGUGCUAUCCUCGUCGAUUGGUAUUAUAGCGAUGAUGCUGAUAACCCGCAUAACUGGUCCAACAACAAGAGGUUGGGCAUCUCGCUCAUCAUCUGUCUAUACACCUUUGUGGUUUACACUUCCUCGGCCAUCUAUACCUCGUCGACUGAGGGUGUCAUGAAGGCUUUUGGUGUGAGUCAACUCAAGGCUACGCUCGGUCUGGCGCUGUAUGUUCUGGGAUAUGGUAUUGGUCCUUUGCUGUUCUCGCCCCUGAGUGAGAUUCCUCGCAUCGGCCGUAACCCUGUUUACAUUGUCACCAUGUUCCUUUUCGUCAUCAUUUCCAUCCCAACAGCUUUUGUUGGCAAUUACCCCGGCCUUAUGGUUCUGCGAUUCCUUCAGGGCUUCUUCGGCUCGCCUUGUCUUGCAUCUGGCGGUGCAUCCCUCGGUGAUAUCUACAGUCUCAUGGCUCUCCCCUACGCCAUGAUGGCUUGGGUCUCUGCCGCCUACUGUGGACCUGCCCUCGGUCCCCUGCUCAGCGGCUUCGCUGUCCCCGCCAAGUCCUGGCGCUGGUCCCUAUACGAAAGCAUCUGGGCCUCCGCCCCCAUCUUCAUCCUGAUGUUCCUUCUCCUCCCCGAGACGAGCGGUGCCAACAUCCUCCUCCGUCGGGCCAAGCGUCUUCGCAAGCUUACGGGAAACGACCGCUUCAUGUCGCAGAGCGAGAUUGACCAGCGCAAUAUGAAGGUUUCUUCUAUUGCUCUCGAUGCUCUCAUCAAGCCUAUGGAGAUUACUAUCAAGGAUCCUGCUGUGCUUUUCGUGCAGGUGUAUACCGCCAUUAUCUACGGUAUCUACUAUUCAUUCUUCGAGGUCUUCCCCCGUGUCUACCCCGUCUACUACGGCAUGAACCUCGGCGAGAUCGGUCUCGUCUUCCUCUGUGUUCUCGUAUCGUGCAUCAUCGGAGUAGCCAUCUACGUCGCCUACCUCUACUACUACAUGGACCCUCGCAUCGCCAAGCGCGGCUGGCCCGUCCAAGAAGCCCGUCUCGCUCCCGCUCUGCUAGCGUCCAUCGGCCCAACGAUCGGUCUAUUCCUCUUCGCUUGGACAGCCCGCAAGUCGAUCCACUGGAUCGCCCCGACAAUUGGCAUCACUAUAUACGGUGCUACAGUCUUCAUCGUCAUGCAGUGUAUCUUUGUCUACAUCCCCCUGAGUUAUCCCAUGUACGCUGCCAGUCUGUUUGCCGCCAACGACUUCUUCCGUAGCGCACUGGCUUGUGGCAGCGUACUCUUUGCUCAGCCGUUGUUUGAUAACCUGGGUGUUGCCAAGGGUACCAGUCUUCUCGGUGGACUCAGUGUCAUUGGUAUCAUUGGUAUCUGGCUGCUCUACUUUUACGGCGCUAGACUGCGAGCCCUGAGCAAGUUUGCAGUCUAUGAGCAUGUCGAAUAG